CCGGACGGUCGUGCGGGCGGCUCGGGCGUGUGUGGCGUGUGGACUCGCGGGAGCCAUGGCGGCGUACAGCCAGCCCGGGACCAAGCGCGCCAAGCGGGAGGGCCGCGCGGACACCACGGAUUAUUUUCAAGGUAUAGAUAAGAUAGAGUAUAACAACAUGGCGUCUCCAUCCGAAACGACCAGCUAUCGAUACUACAACUCUACGGAGAGGAUACACUCCAGGCCGAUGGAGGAAUGGCUUAAGUUCAGCGUGUCACUCACAGAGUUUAGAAGUAAUGGGUCAGACCUCCACGGCAGACCCACAUACACUCGCCCUUGGGACGACGGCACCAACACCCUGGACAACUGCAAGCGCUGUAUCAAAGCUCUCUUCGACUUCUGCACCAAACUUGGUGUUAAAUACUGGACAGCUUUUGAUUCCGACCUGGUUCCUUAUACGGAGAGUUGGGAUGAGAACAAAACACAUUGGGACGAUAUCGUGGAGUACAUACAGGAUAUGGCGCAAAGGAGUCAUGUGAAGUUACUGUGGAUGGCACCUGAUCUCCACUCACAUCCUAGGUACGCCUGUGGCUCCUUCACAAGUCAUGACGCAGCGACAUUCGUCCAAGCAGCGUCGCAAAUCAAGCGCUGCCUUGAGAUAUCCCACCGACUCAACGCCGAGUGCUUCCUCCUCUGGCCCUACAGAGAAGGAUACGAUUCCAUAUACCACACAGACGUGAACAGAGAAAUAAAACUAUUCGCUAAGUUGAUGAAAAUCACCGCCGAGUACAAAGAUAGACUCAAUUAUAGAUGCCAACUGCUCGUAAUGCCGUAUUACAACUGCAACCAUGGUAGAGGCUACAACCACUACAGCCACAGCAUGCGGUCGCUCCUGCGCGACCACGAGAUGGUUCAUAUGUAUAUGUGGGACGUCACCAGCUGCCUCUACUUCCUCAAGAAUUACAACCUGGAUCGUUAUUACAAAGUGUGCACGCCGCCUGGACAUCAUAUGUUUAUGGCGAAUGUAUACAACAUGUUGGGCGGCGUGUUCAUGACUAAUGAUGUAGACCAGUAUGACAGCAAGAGGCUGACGCUCAUGAUGAAGUGCAUCGUCGAUCAGGGUACAGCGCCCCCCGGCGGCGUGGGUCUGAGACUCACGCCGCGCCGCGACGGAGACCUGCGCGACCUCGCCACUCUCCACAUGAAGUACAUCGACGCGGUCGCGAAGGGACUGCGGUUCGCCUGCACCCUCAUCGCUGAACAAAUAUUCGCUAAACAUAUUCAGCAAAGAUACGCUACGUAUUACAGCGGGUUUGGUUCCCGACUUGUAAGUAGCGAUAUAUCUAUGGAGGAAUGCGAAGAAUAUUAUAAAAAGAACCAGCACCAUGGGGAAGUGACGUCAUCAAAGGCCGAGCAGCUGGACCUGGUGUUCCAGCGGUACCUCGACACCUGCGACCAUAUAUGACGCAUCACCGCACUAGUACGGCAAUAUGAACAAUAUCUUCUAUUGUGAAUUGUUCCGUCUAUUAUCUUUAUGCCAACAUGCAAGGACCAAUAGACUGUAUCUUAAUAGAUCUCAGUAUUGUAAACUAAGGUCUGUUCCACAAUAUUACGAGUGUCUUAAGUUAUCGGAACGCUGAACAUAAAAUCUAGAGGUUUUACAAAAUCAUUCCAAAUAUUUGAUGUCUGAAAGUGUAUUUAUAAAUAAAA